UGGACGAAGCAGUAAAUUGAUGAUCUCCGUCGAUCUCCUCCAUCUUCACCACCAUCACCACAAUGUCUCCACCAAAAGCUCUCGCAAUCGUCGCCGGCUUCGGCCCCGGCAUCUCCCACGCCGUCGCCCGCCGCUUCGCCCACGCCUACGACCUCGUCCUCCUCGGCCGCUCCCUCGACACCCUCCCCGCCACCCCCGUCGGCUCCUCCUCCGUCCCCUCGUCCUCCUCCGACGCAGUUAAGAGCAUUUUUGCCGACCCCGUACUCGCGACCCUGCCGUCGCCGCCGACAAUCAGCUGCUUCAAAGCCGACGUGACGGACGCGUCGUCGAUCUCCGCCGCGUUCACGCAGAUCAAAGCGCUGCAGCAACCCGUCGCCGUCGCGUUCUACAACGUCUCCUCUCCCUUCCAACGCGCCCCGUUUCUCGAAACAAACCCAGACUCGUACCUCACCUCCUUCAAAGGCUCAACCUACGGCGCCGUGCUCUACGCACAACAAGCUCUCCCCCUCCUCCUCGCCCACGCCAACUCCUCCCCAGAGUUAUCACCCACCCUCCUCUUCACAGGCGCGACCGCUUCCUACAAAUCCAACGCGCAGAUGAGUCCCUUUUCCUCCGCGAAAUUCGGCCUGCGCGCGCUCGUGCAGAGUCUCGCGCACGAAUUCGCGCCGCAGCGCGUGCACGUCGCGACGGUGAAUAUCGAUGCGGUCGUCGAUUUGCCGAAAGUUAGCGGGUAUCUUAAUGAGCAGGAGGAUAUGAAGCUUAAGCCUGAGGAUGUCGCGGAGACGUAUUGGGGGUUGCAUGCGCAGCGGAAGAGUGCGUGGACUUGGGAGGUGGAUGUUAGGCCUUGGACUGAGAGUUGGUAGAUUACAGUAAUGAGUUCAGUCUACGUACAAUUGAUGCACAGU